CUGCUUCGCUCUCAGCCAAUCACCGCUCCUGUUGUUCGGACGUGUCUCCUGCUCCUGGAUACAGGGAGCGUGUGUUGACCAGCCUGUUGAAUCCAGCUGCUGCACAUCUGGCAGUCCCAGCCGGAGACAUGGCAGAGUCCAGACCUGUCUGACGUCUGCAGACUGACAGAGCACGAGGGUCCGGUCUCAGCUGGAGCAGUAACUCAGCUGAGGGACACGUCCCACACUUCUUUGACACCAUGUUCAAAAAACUUCAGAGGGACAAGGACAAGGAGUUUAAGCAUAUAGCCCCUGGUUUGAUCCCCGCCGCCUCCAUUGCUCCUAAACCUGCGGUGCCUCGUACCCCACCCCCCCGCAGUCCAGAUCCCUCACCUGAGAGACCCAGAUCAGCUUUAGCUGCAGCCAUCUUGUCUUCUUCGCUCACUGGACAGACCUGGGCCAUUCCUCCUGUCAGACCGAGGUCUUUCUCUGAGAGUGACCAUUCAGAGUCCCUUAUAUCUGAACCACACAUCAGCACAGCAGUUUACUCCAGGGACAGAUGGUCAGAGACAGAUUUGCCUGUUAGGCAACGCUUGUCCUCCUCUGACCACUCAGACAAGGAGCUGGAAGACAAGGAAGACAAGGAAGACAAGGAAGACAAGGAAGAGGAGGAGGAGGAGGAUGAAGAGGACAGAGAGGACCAUAUCUACCAAACACUGGAUGGAGGGGACACUUGUUCACUCACAGAACCUGUUUAUGCUCUGCCACUAAAACCAAAGACCAGAACGUCUCAGCCUGCUCAGAUGUCUGGUAGACGACUGCCUGCACCAGAUUUCACUGAGGAAACCAUUGCUCAGUCUCCUGAGGCCAGCUGUGAUUCCUCUAAGAAGAAAAUCAGGAAGAGCUCCUGCAGGCAGAAAGAAGAUGAACAGGCUGUGCCACCCAUCCUAACCACUGACCUCCCCAGCCAAGCCAAAAACCAAAAACACCCCACCCAGCCAUCUCCAGAGCACCGCAAGGCGCACGGUGGGGUGCAAAGGGAGGCAGCACGAGCCCUGCCAAAGAAAGCGAGAGUGGCAGAUGAACAAAAGCUACUGGAGGAGAGACUGCUACGCUUGGAACAGCAGAUCAGUCACAGCCAAGCCUCCUCAACCCUGAGGUCCUCUGCAGGCAGUCAGGCAGAGCUGCAGAAUUUGAGGCAACAUGCUCAGGAGCUGGUGGAUGAAAAUGACGCCCUCAAAUUGACAGUUCACCGUCUGAAUGUGGAGCUGAGCCGCUAUCAAACCCGCUUCAGACCGCUGUCCAAACAGGAGAGCUCCAAAAUCAGUGGCUUACCAAAGACAGGCUCUCCUCCUCCCUGGCUGCUCGACAUUAAGUAUUUGUCUCCUCUACUGCUGGCAUACGAAGACAGGAUGAACGAGAGAGAUGCACUUCUGCAAACCACAGAGGAAGAGGUUAAGAGGUUGCGUGUUCAUGUGGAGGAGGUGAUCAAAGAAAAUGAGAGACUCCAUGAUGAAAUUGCAAAGAUUGGAGGGGUCAGCCAGAAGGAUUGUCAACAGCUACAACAACAGGCCUUUUUGGUUUUACAAGAGAACCAGGUUUUGAUAAAUCAGCUUGAGGCGCAGCACGUUAAGGCCAAGGACAACCACAGCAGACACCACUGUGAAGUGUCCAAGGUGUCUAAGCAGCUGAUGUUGUUAGAGGCAGAAAAUCAGCGUUUUCAGGAGGAACUGGAAGAGAGCAGGAGGGAGACGCAGAAAAAUACAAGGCAGGUCCAAGUCCUGCAGGCCCGCCUGAAGGAUGCUAUCACCUGGGACGAACACUGCAGCAUUGCUGGAAAACUCAGAGGGCAGCUGGAGCAGCAGGAGAAGCAGGAGAACAGGAACAAGAGUUCGAUGGACGAGCUGCUUCUGCGCGUGUCCAGUCUGCAGGACGAGAACAGGAGUCUGGCUCUGGACAAAGCCAACCUGAGCGCUGAUAUAAAGAGAAUGGAGGCUGAGCUGGAGCUCUGCAGACAAGACAAUAGGAAGGCUGGGCAGAGGAUGUGUGCGUUGAAACUGCAAAAGGAAGAGUGUGUGUUAAAGGCGAAAAAGACUCGUCAUUAUCUCGGAGCUGUAAUUUCUCUGGCGGAGCACAUUUCCCAGGAGAGGGACCAACUACAACACAUGGCUUCAGAUCUUCAACAGGAAAAGCAGCACUUCAUCAGCAGAAUUCUGAACGGCACAGUUCGGUUUGGAAAACUGCAGGAAGAAGUCAAAGUGUACCGGAGGCAGGCGUCAACCAGACUGGCAGCGUUGGAGGAGGCAGCAGAGGGGAGGACAGCGUCUCACCGGAGGGAGAUUCUUCACCUGCAGAGGCUGCUGAGAGAAAGACAGGAGGCUGAGGAGAGACUGCUGCAGUCCAAACGAGAAGUAGAGGAGGAGCUGGAGGUGGUGUGGCAGGCAGCAAUCAGGGAAAACCAGCAGAUGAAUGAGACUCUCUUGCACUCGAAACUGACUGAGGACGUCCACGGUUUGCCUGUUUCCACCAGAGCCUCUCCUGUCUGGCCUCCUCAGGCUCUAGUUGAGACCACCUCUCCCACCCGCCAUCAACCUCGCAGUUUUGGAUCCCCCCUCAUGUCCUCUGAUCGAAGCCCUGCGCUCCAGAGAAGGUCAGUUUUUAAAUCUGACUCGGACCACCGAAACGACUCCAUAGAUGAAAAGCACAAGCACGGGCUGGAUUUCUAUUGUUAAAACUGUUGGAUUCAUGAGUUUUGACUGUAAACCAGCUUCAGUCAACAUGUUAACACACAAUGCAACAGUCAACACGUCAGCUUGAGUUCGCUUCACAGUUAAAACCAAUGUUAGGUUGCACCAUGUCCUGAUCAUUCACAACUGGGCUCUCUGCUGGAAACAAUUCACUCCACACGUCCAGUGAAAACUGGGUGUGAACAGAAGAAAAUUAAAACCUAUAAAACGUUGAAAGAAUGAAAUGGAAAAAUGAAAAUCAUUCAAUACUACAGCUCAGGGUUAAUAGUUUGGCCAAAUAUACCUGACAUUAGUCUGGGUCAGUGUGAUGGUCAAAGAUUUUGAUAUGUUUUCAGUUUUUUUAGUCUCAGGAUUUAUAGUUUCUGCCAAGAAUAACAGAAGAGCAACAAGUCAGAGCAAUAAGCUCUGCAACAGGCUGAAGCCAAAUGAACACAGCCAGUGUUUCCAUCUGCUGGACACAUACGGUACUAUCCUGAUCUAUAUCUAAAUAAAUAUUUAUGUCCCUGGAAAUAAAACUGAUAAUAAUGUUCUCUAUUCUUAUUUAUUUAGACAGUUUGUGCUAAAAUAACUUUUUUUUAACUGAAACCAGUGGGAGUUUAAUGUGCAGAUGUAAAGAAAGUGUCUUCAGACACAGCGUAGGUUCUCGUGUGACUAAGAGUGUGUGACUUCACCUCAUUGAUGCAGCCACAGACCUGGAGGAUUAGACUGAAGCCACAGAGCAGAGCACUGACUGUAUCGAGAUGAACCUCAAAUCCCUGCUGACGAACACAGGCCAGUGUGACGGCAGCACAGCGGCUCAGAUGAGUGGUAACUAUAGUGGGAUGACGGGUGCUACCAACACUUGAUGUAAUGUUAGAACGUGCAGUUUACUUCCAGCUAAAACGUCAGCUGAAAAAUUACAGUCAACCAAGUUACACCAUCAAACCUCUCAGCCUCUGUGUCGUCAACAAGCAACAUGUGCUUUCAUAAUCUGCAAUAAAAAUCCCGACUGCUGCGUGUCUGCCCUCCUCCAUUUAAACAUGCACAUGCACAAAUCCUAUACCUGUUAUUAAGGCCUCUGUUGGAUGACAGUAGAAUCUGUGGCUGUGUAAUUAUGAAGCAGAGAGAAGAAAAUCAACUCCUAGUGUGUCAAAGUAUUUCUGCAGGGUUUUUUCACCGUGAACCUUUUCAGGAACACUCACACAUUCAUUCCAGAAUCUCCUCACACAGGAAGUUGUUUUGGCAGAUUUUUAUACAUCCGAAAACUAAUGAGAAUCGAGGCGGGGAAGAAUCCUCAACACCCUUGGUCAUAUGUAUUAGUUUAAUUUAAGACUUUCUUUUCCUGAAAACUGAAUGAAUUUUGCACAGUGAGAAACAUAAAGAUCAAAACAUCUUCUUCGGUCCCUCAAACAAAAUAACAAUGAAAAUAAAAUUAAUCAUCUUUAAAUGAUAUCUUAACUUUCAGCAGAAUGUGUAUCAAACCGUCUAGAUUGUACGGUUUCAAAUGUGUAAUAUCUAUUAUUUGUGGAUCACAUUAUUUUAACCUGUCGAAGACAAUCAUUUAUAAUAAAGUGCU